CGGAUUGAGUCGAACGCUUCCACAAUCGUCCGCUUGAGCUUCAGCAAGUCGUCCGCGACUGGUCGCAUCAUGCACCCUCCAGGUUCUGGCACCAGUCCUGCAGCCGAGGGCGUGGAGGGCCAUUCAUGCCAGUUGGAUCGUAUAGAACAAGUCAUUCUCCGUUUGGGCUGGUUCCACGAAUGUCGUGGAGCUCUCAGCGUCUGGCUCAUUUCUCCCAGCGGCCUACGCUCUCUGAUGCUCGACUGGCGCGUGAAUGAUCAUUUUUACGGUCGUGGAAUGAUCGAGCUGAACUCGGUGAUGCAUUGGGCGGAGCUGGCUCACGGAGUCUGGCAGGUUCAUGUGAGUCUUGACUGGAGGCAGUGCUUCAACGAUCUUUUUUUACGACAAUCCGUUUAG